AAGAAAAGGAAGAAGAAAAUGACAAUAAAAAAGAACAAGCAAAAGAACAAGCAAAAGAACAAAGUAAUGAUCAAAAAGAAGAUAUGGAAGCUCAGAAUUUAAUUUCUAAAAAUCAGAAUAAUAAUGAGAAAAACGUAAAAGAAGCUGCUGAAAGCAUAAUGAAAACUUUAGCUGGUUUAAUCAAGGGAAAUAAUCAAAUAGAUUCAACCUUAAAAGAUUUAGUAGAAGAAUUAUCUAAAUAUUUUAAAAAUCAUUAA